AAAAAAAUCAUUGCCUCUAAAAUCUUCUCACUUGGAAAAAAAAAACAGAGUUCCCUGUUUCAUUUUGUGACACACUCUUUGCUUUGAACACCAAAAGCAAUAAAGAAGAAAAAUAUCUUCACCUGAAGCAACAUCAUGAGGAACCUCUCAAAGUUGAACAAGAUGUUCCUCUGUUUUCGCCCCGUCUUGGACAUCGAUGACAUGGUCGAUAAAGAUGGCAGCAUCAAGCCGGAAAACAAAACAUUGUUAUUUCCGAAAGGGUCCUCCAAGUUCUCUCAGGGAUUGAGGAUCAUGCAACAACCUCCCAAGAAAACCAUUAUUCGAGUCUUCCAAACCAUAUUGAAUCGAAGAGCAAGCCAGAAGAAGAACCGUUACAAUCGCAUCACUGAUUCUUUUGGCGCUUUAGAAACGAAAUCUUUUCUCAAAUCACCUUUGUCAACUCGUCCUUCGACUCCAAAAGCAACGACUUCAUCAUCAUCCUUAGAAUCAAAGAACUUACAAACAAAACAAGAACAAAAAAGAACAACACAAGUGAAAAAGCAAACCAAGUUUGAAUCGUAUGGAAUAUACUUGAUUCUCAUGAGUCUGUUAUUCACCGUAAUUUGGGGCAAGCUUGUAGGCAUUAUUCUAACAUCAAUGUGGCUAUACCUUAUCAUCACACUUUGCAACUCACCAAGCUACUAUUGCUCCCAAAAGAGGCUCCAAAGAUGUUCAUAUCCAACAGGGAUAGAUCACAGGGGCAAUUACGGAAAGUGCUACUCCAAGCAUCAUAAUUAAUGUGGGAACUCUUCUUCUUCAUAAUAAUUGAGUGUUUUGUUUAACUUGUAACAGUUUUAGUAGUGACAUUUUAGGGAAGGAUUUGAUUUGACUUGUGAGAGGGAUGCAUAGAAGUAGCAGCAGACAGCAGUUGUUCAUUUAAUUAGGGUUCUGAAUUCUGACAUUGUAGAUAUCUAACAUGUGUAAGGAGAUAGAUGUAGUUAAUGGAAUUCGAUUCGAUAGGAAUUUGGUUGGUUGUAAAGAAUGCUGGACCGGAGUAUAUUAAUGUCAAUGUUCUUUCAACUAAAA